UGGGGGAGAGAACUGGUUCACUGGGGCUAGCGGAGCCCAUCGCAGUUGACUGUUUGAGCAGCCCACCCCUCUCUGCAGUAUGCAUGUUCGCCAGGGAAUCCGCGAAGCGCUCACGUCCCAGCAGUGUACUUCACCGGCCAGAAACCAUCUACUCAAGAGCCGAGGAUAAUAAAAAAUUGGAUGUGGCAGACGGACCGGAGGAGGAAAGCCCAGAGUGACCGCAGGAAUACAGUAUUACUACAGGAAUACAGGCUGCCUCUAUCCUCUGAACGUGGACAAUCAUGCAUGUGCUCUUCUGGGGCUUGGGGUUCCUACUAUUCCCUGAUUUCUUGAAUGUAGUCGCAUCUUCGGGGACACUGCUUUUGAAUUCCAGCGCAGUAAAAGAGGAGCUCGGCGCGUAUGAGAUUGUAACACCGGUGCGGGUGAAUGAAGCCGGUGACAAGUUUCCAACCAGUGCGCACUUCAAGAGGAAAAGGCGAAGUUUGAGCGAGGACACCGGCAAUACUACGGACCACUGGGCCUCGGCAAAUAUCCACUACAGGAUAUCUGCUUUCGGACAAAACUAUCACCUCAACCUCACGCUGGAUUCGGGGUUUAUCGCACCUCUCUACACUGUGACAGUACUUGGAGUACCGCGAGGAAAUAACAUAACGGACUUUGCCACAGAUGGGGAGGGAGAGGAGGAGGAGGACACGGAGUUAAGGCACUGCUUCUACAAAGGGCAUGUAAAUGCACAUGCAGAACACGCCGCAGUCAUCAGUUUGUGCGCCGGACUGUUUGGCACUUUCAGGUCUCCAGAAGGGGACUAUUUUGUGGAGCCCCUGCACAGCUAUCAAGGGGAACACUAUGAAGAGGAACACACAAAACCUCAUAUUGUAUACAGGAAAAGUGCCCCCAAGAAACAGACAUCUGGGGAGACUUCAAGUUGUGACACUUCAGGACACAAACACAGACAAAAGAGACACAAGCAGAAGAGGAGGCCAGCGGCUGGGGUCACCGGAGUUUUUAAUGCAGCCCCUGUGGUCAGCGCUGACAUAUUCAGUGACGUGGAGUCCCUGAGUGCUGGCCUGGCCAGAUCAGAGAGCAGCAGCGCUAGACCGUCAAACGAUAGCAGCGGUGACUCAGGACCUCACAGGAGAUCAAAGCGCUUCCUCUCCUACCCGCGCUUUGUUGAAGUCAUGCUGGUGGCCGACAGCAAAAUGGUGGAGCGUCACGGCAGCAACCUACAGCACUACAUACUCACAUUAAUGUCUAUAGUAUCUUCCAUCUACAAGGACCCCAGCAUUGGCAAUCUGAUCAACAUUGUGAUUGUAAAGUUAGUCAUAAUAAACAAUGAGCUGGAGGGUCCGGUCAUUUCCUUUAAUGCAGAGACGACUUUAAAGAACUUCUGCAUCUGGCAGCAGAGCCAGAACGUCCUGGAUGAUAACCAUCACUCCCAUCACGACACCGCCAUCCUUAUCACCAGGCAGGACAUCUGCAGAGCCAUGGAUAAGUGUGAUACUUUAGGACUUGCAGAGUUGGGGACAGUUUGUGAUCCAUACAGAAGCUGCAGCAUCAGCGAGGACAACGGACUCAGCACUGCCUUCACCGUCGCCCACGAGCUUGGCCACGUGUUCAAUAUGCCUCAUGACGACAACAUCAAGUGCAAGGAGGAUGGAGUUAAGAUUCAGCAACAUGUGAUGGCACGCACGCUGAACUACAACACAAACCCUUGGAUGUGGUCCAAGUGUAGCAGGAAGUACAUCACAGAGUUCCUCGACACCGGAUAUGGUGAGUGCUUGCUCGACGAGCCCGUUUCUAGGCCGUACAGUCUCUCGCAGCAGCUGCCUGGGCGGAUAUACAAUGUCAAUAAACAGUGUGAAUUGAUAUUUGGGCCGGGAACGCAGGUGUGCCCUUAUAUGACUCAGUGUCGGAGGCUGUGGUGCACUAGUCCAGAGGGUGCCCAACGGGGCUGCAGGACCCAGCACAUGCCGUGGGCAGACGGCACCGACUGCUCCCCUGGAAAGCACUGCAAACAUGGGCUGUGUAUUGCCAAAGAGCAUGACGCCACACCUGUGGAGGGAGCAUGGGGAGUGUGGAGUCCUUUUGGUACCUGCUCACGGACAUGCGGAGGAGGCAUAAAGAUUGCCAUUCGCGAAUGCAACCGACCCGUGCCCAGGAAUGGAGGAAUGUAUUGUGUUGGUCGCCGCAUGAAGUUUCGUUCCUGUAACUCGGAGCCCUGCUCAAAGCAGAAGAAGGACUUCAGAGAGGAACAGUGUGCUGCUUUUGAUGGGAGGCACUUCAACAUCAACGGUCUACCUCCUAAUGUUCGCUGGGUGCCUAAGUACAGCGGAAUUCUGAUGAAGGACAGGUGUAAGCUGUUCUGCAGGGUGGCCGGCAGCACAGCCUACUAUCAGCUCAGGGAUAGGGUCAUUGAUGGCACGCCAUGCGGACCCGAUACCAACGACAUCUGCGUCCAGGGCCUAUGCAGGCAAGCGGGCUGCGAUCACGUUUUGAACUCCAAAGCCAGGAGGGACAAAUGUGGCGUGUGUGGAGGCGAUAACUCCUCCUGCAAAACUGUAGCAGACACCUUCAACAUUGUACGCUACGGCUAUAAUGAAGUUGUGCGAAUACCCAGUGGUGCUACAAACAUAGAUGUGCGUCAACACAGCUACUCAGGGAAACCGGAGGAUGACAACUACCUCGCCAUAUCGAAUAGCCGUGGAGAGUUCCUGCUUAACGGAGAGUUUGUGGUCAGCAUGUUCAAAAGGGAAAUCAAAGUAGGAAAUGCCAUCAUUGAGUACAGUGGCUCUGACCAUGUCAUUGAGAGGAUCAACUGUACCGACCGCAUCGAAGAGGAGAUCAUUAUCCAGGUGCUGUCCGUGGGGAACCUUUACAACCCAGAUGUCAGAUACUCCUUUAAUAUCCCUAUAGAGGAUAAGCCUCAGCAGUUCUUCUGGGAUGCCUAUGGGCCCUGGCAGGAGUGCAGCCGCCUGUGCCAAGGAGAGCGCAAGCGGAAGAUUCUCUGUAGCAGAGAGUCGGACCGGGUGGUGGUGUCGGACCAGAGGUGUCACGGUACAGCUAGACCUUCUGUCAUCACCGAGUCCUGCAACACCGAAUGUGAACUCAGGUGGCACGUGGCUCGUAAAAGCGAGUGUACGGCCCAGUGUGGCCUGGGGUAUCGUACCCUGGAAAUAUACUGUGCCAAAAUCAGCCGCACAGAUGGCAAGACCCAGAAGGUUGAUGACCGCUACUGCAGUGGCCAGAGGAAACCUGACGACAAGGAAGCUUGCCAUGGGGACUGUAACCCGGGUGGGUGGGAGUACUCAUCCUGGUCAGAGUGCUCCAAGAGCUGUGGUGGGGGAACCCGCCGUCGAGGGGCGGUGUGUCGAAAGGCAGCUGAUGCCGGUGGCGAUGAGAGCAAAUGCAGUCAAAGGGACAGACUGACCGUCCAACCCUGCAAUGAAUUCCAAUGUCCACAGUGGAAGACGGGAGACUGGUCUGAGUGCCUUGUGACGUGUGGGAAAGGCUACAAGCACCGUCAGACGUGGUGUCAGUUUGGUGAAGACCGCCUAGAUGAUCGCUUUUGUGGCUCGUCCAAACCCGAGUCAGUGCAGAUGUGCCAGCAGCAGGAGUGUGCCUCUUGGCAAGUCGGACCGUGGGGACAGUGCACUACCUCUUGUGGGCCAGGCUACCAGAUGCGAGCAGUGAAGUGCGUGGUCGGGUCUUAUGGCGUUGUCAUGGAUGACACUGAAUGUAAUGCUGCCACCCGGCCCACCGACACCCAGGACUGUGAAAUAGCCCAGUGUCCCAGCAGCCAUCCUAUUCCCCCAGGAACCAAAGUCCCUUCCCACCAGGGCCACAAAACCCAGUGGCGGUUUGGUUCUUGGACCCAGUGCAGUGCCAGUUGCGGCAAAGGGACGCGGAUGCGCUACGUGAGUUGCCGUGACAACCAGGGUGGCGUGGCAGAUGAGGCGGCAUGUGCCCACUUACCAAAGCCUCCGGCCAGGGAGGUGUGCCUGGUGGUGGCUUGUGGGCAGUGGAAAGUGCUCGAAUGGACAACGUGCUCAGUAACCUGCGGCCAGGGAAAGACAACGAGACAGGUGCUUUGCGUCAACUUCAGUGACCAAGAAGUAAACGUCAGUGAGUGUGACCCAGACGAUCGUCCUUCCACGGAGCAGGACUGUGCCAUGUCUCAGUGCCCGUCCCGCUCCAGUGAGCCCCGAUCUUUGCCGUCUUCACCAAACACCAGCACCAGGAGCAACCUGCCUCGUAGUCAAUCCCACCAGUGGCGGACCGGACCCUGGGGCGCGUGCUCGAGCACAUGUGCAGGAGGCUUCCAGAGGCGCGUAGUCGUUUGCCAGGACGAGAACGGCUACCCGGCCAGCAGCUGUGAGGAUCGCAGCCGACCCAAUGAGCAACGGUCCUGCGAGUCCGGGCCGUGUCCGCAGUGGAUCUACGGCAACUGGGGAGAGUGCACUAAGCCGUGUGGAGGCGGGAUAAAGACGAGGCUGGUGGUGUGUCAGCGUCCAAACGGCGAGCGCUUCAACGACCUGAGCUGCGAGAUCCACGACAAGCCACCAGAUCGCGAGCAGUGCAAUACUCAGCCAUGCCCGUCUAGCCCCCACUGGAGCACAGACCCAUGGAGCUCGUGCUCAGCCUCCUGUGGAAGAGGUUUCAAAACCCGAAAGGUGACCUGUGUGACCGGAUCAGGGCGUCCUGUCCCAGAGGAAAACUGCCAGCACCUGUCCCCCAAACCCGGCAAGCAGAGGCGCUGCCGAGGUGGACGAUGCCCCAAGUGGAAGUUCGAGAACUGGGGAGAGUGUUCAGCAUCAUGCGGAGACGGCGUCCAGAGCCGGGAGGUGUUCUGCCAGGUCGGAGACCGACGGAGUCCUCAGGAGACCGCCUGCCCCCAGCGCUCCCGACCGGCGUCCAGCCAGAGCUGCCGGGUCGCGGAGUGUCCCUCUCGAUACCGGUGGAGAGAAGGGGACUGGCAGACGUGCAGUAAAUCAUGCGGACUGGGCCACAGGCAGCGCUCCUUGCAGUGUGUGGACCACAACCAGCGGGAGGUCCAUGAUAUGUACUGUGUGAAUCUGAUCAGGCCACCAGACAGAGAGAGCUGCAACGCCCACGCCUGUGAAUUCAUUUGGAUCACAGGGGAAUGGUCGCAGUGCUCUGCCACCUGUGGUCAGGGCUACCGCCAGCGUCUGAUCUCCUGCAGUGAAGUGCAUGUGGAGAAUAACAGCUAUGAAUACGGCCAUCAGUCUUUGUCCAACUGCCCAGGGACCCCCCCUGAGAGCUACAUGCCCUGUAAUCUGGAGCCGUGCCCGGAGCCGCUGGAGUGGAGGGUUGGAAUCUGGGGGCCGUGUUCAACGAGCUGUGGGGAUGGAGUGGUGGAGCGGACGGUUCAGUGUGUGUCGGCAGAUGGUCGGGAAAGCGAAAGGUGUUCCCCAGAGGCAAAGCCAGAAGCCAGAAAAGUCUGCACAAAUCCCAACUGCCGUUUGCCUUCUAGCUGUCAAGACGUCCGGAGCGUAAGUGGCCCCAUUCCAGACGGCGAACACUUUCUCGGCAUUCAAGAAAAAGCUCUCAAGGUCUACUGUGCAGGAAUGCAGACGGAGACUCCACAGGAGUACAUCACCUUGACGACCGGCGAAGGGGAGAAUUUUUCAGAGAUCUUUGGCUUCAGGCUCAAUGACCCCACCCAGUGUCCAUCCAACGGCUCCAGAAGAGAAGACUGCGACUGCCGGAGAGACUACACUGCCGCGGCCACCACCACCUUCUCAAAGGUCCGCCUGGACAUCAGCAAGUUGGACAUCAUUACUACAGACUUGCGGUUCGCUACAACUCGUGAAGGGAAGAGCGUUCCAUUCGCUACAGCUGGAGACUGCUACAGUAUGGCCCGUUGUCCACAGGGCCGCUUUAGGAUCAACCUGUCAGGAACAGGUUUCAGGGUGGCUAAGGACACCUCCUGGAUCUCCCAGGGCAACUAUGCAGUGGCUAAUAUACAGAAAUCACAGGAUGGCAGCAGAGUGUCAGGGAUGUGUGGAGGCUAUUGCGGUAAAUGUACACCGUCCUCUGGCCGCAGUCUACCUGUAACACUGGAGUAGAUCUACAGACUUCAAACAGUCUUCAGGUGCUCAUCGUAUGAACGAAUCCCUCCUCUUCGUGGUGCUACAAUUUCAAAUCCAUCCUUCCCUCAACCUCAACAUGUUUGUAUAGUGUAAAUGAGUCUAGUGUAAGUACUGUAUAUAGCAGGAGAAAUGUCUUAUUUAUUGUACUCGCCAUUUAUUUUUGUAAUGCAGUGUAAUUUAAGGCUUUCGCCGUCAACGGCAAACACCACACAGUUGGCAUUUAUCAUUGGGAUGGUCAGCAGUUCUGUGAUUCUCGUGCAGUGAGGUGUCUCCAGGCAGUGGGUCUUUUUCAAACCCUUCAUGGUUUAUGGAUGAACGAUGGGAAAUACAGCUCUUUAGAUGGAACGCAUUUGUUCUUUUUCUGAGGUGUUCUCUUUCCUUUUGACAGGACGUUUUUUUUUUGUUUGUUUUGUUUUUCCCUGCUUUGUUGAUAUUUCUGAUUUGCAAAAAUAUGCGCUCCAGUCUAUGCUGUGCUGUGCUUUUUUUUUAUUGAUAUCUUUUUUGAGCUUGUUAGUUUAGUCUGCAGGCAUUUAGGGAACAUCGCCAAGUUCUUGCUACUGAAAAUUAUCCUCUCUGAACUGUACCAAAGUGCCACCCAUCACUGCAAGUAAAUUCUCAGACUGUGGGAAACACUGCAGUGAAAUUCGGGCACAACAGCUCUCACCAAGUUGAGCAGUUGACGAUAAUUUUCUCAUCAUUUUAAUGGAAAUGUGUACAGUAUUACCGCUGUUAGGUACUGAGCAACUCCAUGAGAGGACGUCUUUGGGGCAGUUUUGUUCAUUUUCUACUCCAAAGGUAGUUUUAGUUGGACGUCAACAUAGUCUUUGUAAAACAGAUGGAUUGAAAGCUUGAAGUUUAACAUUUGCUAUUUAGAAUGGUUGUUGUCUUGGAUGUUUUGGGGCCAGGAGUGGAGGUGCUGUUACGCUUGUCUACCGUGUCUGACCAGACACAGCAGUCCAGCCAGGCAUGGUUCAAAAACAUACAUUUAUCUGGGCCCUAAAAUCUACUUAACUGAGCAGAAGAAGUGAAUUUAGCUAAAAUUUACUUAUUAUUUCACAACAGAAGACAGGACUUAACCUCACUUCUGGCUACAUCCAUCUUUGAUACUCAGUAUGUGACAGUCUGGCUUGCAUACAUUGCAGCUCAGGCUACAAACUUCACAGCUUCCCUUGCAAGUACACUUGAGGUCUGUUUACUUCUGAGAGGCCGUGCUGGUAGCUGAUCACGUCUCAAACCAACCGGUCAGUGCUUUCCAGCUGUUAACUGCAGAUGGAAGUCCUGAGGUCCUGAGAGGAGCGUGCAUGCUUGUGAGCUGAGGUUUACUCUCAUUAAGAGUCGAGUACCGGGGUCAAGUGCAUCAAUUACACCAUGUAGGGGAGGACCAGGUGUAGCUGCUAUGCUGCUUUGCCAAUUUGAAGUACUGGGUUUGUUGAAUGAAAUUAAGGAUAGUUAAUGCACAUGUUACUGGACCAUAAGGAGAAGGGUAUAGGUCACAAGAACCAUAGAGAAUAUGCGCUGCCAGACAUCAGAGAGACCCAAAUUCCUCGGUGCAUAUCUCUUAGGUAGCGUGCUGUGACCAGGGAGAGCCAUUAGCCUUUAGCUUUUUACACAACUGUCAGGUUAUCUUAUCUGGGACAACUUGAAAGACAAAAAAAACAAACCAAAACAAAAACAGACUUCACCUCAGGCCAAUAAAAUUCCUCCGGAUGCUCUGGAGAUAUAAUGCAGUGGUCUGAUCCCGGAGACCUGGAGGCACCUCUCAUGCUGCUGAUCUCACAGGCCCCGCAACGGGACUUCUGUCCACAUGCUGCUGCUCGCAAAACCAUUGCAUCCUGAACCUCACGCCCCUUUUUCUCCAUGUUUGUUCUUAAAGCGCUGUCCAAACCGUGCGCUAGUGUUCAGAGAAUUCUGAUUUGACCGUUCUUUGUGAAGAUUUCAGGGUACUUUUUAUGUUGUGUUUAAGUUUGUUUGUUUUUUUUGUACCUCUUGGCCACUGUUUUGCAGUAUUAUGAGCUGAUUUGUUAUUUUUUUUUCCAGAACACUUUUUUUUUUUGGUGCAAAAAGAGACAGAACAUCUAGAAGGAAAUGCAAAAAAUAUACCUAUAUAUUCUUUGUAUUCUUUAGUAAGUUUGGAUUUGUUUAGGUUUGUAUGUGUAACUGAUUGACUAAGAAGCCAUAUUUGCUUUUAUAAGCCAUUCUGUAAGGUGCUGCGUCACUGCUCUUCGUGGUAGCUGUGCGCACUUCAACCAAAGGGACUUCAACACACAACCUGCAACUGAACGAGUACAAACAACACAGGGAAGAAAACAUUUUGUGCCUUACUCACGCUCACAGCUGACAAAUGCAUUUCCCAUUGUGAAUGUCAGGAUGUACUUACGUCGCCAGAGCUCUCAGGUGUCAUUGAUGAAGGGAUUAUUAUAUUUAAGUGUAUUUAUCUUAUUUUACACACGUGUUUAUCAUGCGACCACACCUGUAUUAUUCGCAUUUAACAAUGUCCAAUGCCUCUGUAUUCUUCCUCUUAUUUUUUAUUUUAUAUGCAAAUAUUUAUUUGAUCGUUUCUCGUGAAUGUACAUAAGCCUUGGCCAUAAAUGUUUAAGAAUUACCACACAGUAUUGCCAUAAAAUGAACCAUCUGGCAGCACAUUUCCUGUCUUAUGAAUAAAUUUAUUUAUACGUC